GACUUGGGGGAGGGAGGACGUGCAUCGCGCUGCUCCCCGCCGCUCACACACGCAUACAGUGAUACAUAGACACUUGUAAGGUGAACUGUUGAGUGUGGAGUGACUUGUGUUGUGUUGGUGUCUUCAGCCGAGAGAUCAUGAGUGGGCCACGCAUCACCAUCCAGGACACAGAGCAGAGGGGCAUCAGCUGCAGCUACAGCAGAGACGGCCGCACCCCAGGCGUGUACUACCCCUCAGACCCCUGCGUGCCACCGCCACCCCGCUCCUCACGCAAGGAAGCUUGGAGAGGCCUCGUCACUGCCCUCCGCCACCCAGUGUCCCGCGCCAGAAGCUGUCUGGCCCGCCUUGCCUCCCGUGUCGCCCCCCCAGCCACCGCCGCCACGAAGAACAACGCCAUGUCCGGGGCCAAGAAGAACCCCCCCGCGCCGGCCCUACACAAGGUCAUCAUGGUCGGCUCGGGUGGUGUAGGGAAGUCCGCCCUCACGCUGCAGUUUAUGUAUGAUGAGUUUGUGGAGGACUACGAGCCAACCAAGGCAGACAGCUACCGCAAGAAGGUGGUGCUGGACGGGGAGGAGGUGCAGAUAGACAUACUGGACACUGCCGGCCAGGAGGACUACGCUGCCAUCAGGGACAACUACUUCAGGUCAGGUGAAGGUUUCCUGUGUGUGUUCUCCAUCACUGAAGAUGACUCCUUCCAGGCGACGCAGGAGUUCAGGGAACAAAUAUUGCGAGUCAAAAAUGACGAGCACAUACCCUUCCUGCUGGUUGGGAACAAAGCCGACUUGACUGAGCGCAGGAAAGUGUCCGAGGACGAGGCCAAAAUGAGGGCCAACCAGUGGGGGGUUCCAUAUGUGGAGACCUCAGCUAAAACUCGCGCCAACGUGGACAAGGUUUUCUUUGAUUUGAUGCGUGAGAUUCGUUCUCGCAAAUUGGAAGAUAAUAAGAACACCAAUGGCAAGGGUAAAGAUCCUGGCAAGAGGAAAAAGCCCAAAUGCUGCAUUCUCUAGGCUUUCUACGACCUGACACGCCUGAUUUCUGGCAGCAAGCAGCAGCCCGUGAGUCCCCCCGUGCCAGACGACAAAACCAUCAGGUGUUGCUGCAUCUCCUAGUGCCCCUCCCUCCCACACCAGGACUCAUGGCCAGCCCUCACACCUCACCCACACACAGUCACAUGCACACCGUCUCUUGCUCACAUGCACGCACAUCUAAACACACACACACAUACAUACAUAACGUACACACACAGCAUGCACAGCUAUAUUUAGUCAACAGAAUAUUAUGGGGAAAUUACACUAUAUAAUGUAAAAGUAAAAUUCCUUCAAAAUGUUGAAGCUAAUUUUUACUCACCUGCAAGUGUAGCUUUGGAAGCUUAUUCUGGAGAAAAUGUCCUAAAUGCCCAUAUUUCAGGACUAGCAGGUUAAGGUAACCAAAGCAUUUGACUCUGACUUACUGUUUCUUGCACUAAUAUUCAUUCCAUAAUUUACAUUAAUGUAUUUGAUAUUUCUUUUUUUUUUCCCUUUUGUUUGAUCCUUUUGUGGUUGAAUAUUGAUAUCAUGUUAAUCUUACAUAACUGAAGUGAUCUAUUAAAUAAUAGGUUAGUCUGAAGACAAAUGUACAUUAAGAUUUCUGUAAGUUUUUUUGUAUACUCGUAGAUUUAAGUCACAAGGAGGUCUGACUGUUUACUGUUUUGUUUGUGAUGUGUUGGUUGGAGUGAGAAGGCGGACACUUUGCUGGUGGGUGCAUUUCCUAUCUCCUGGGUGACACUGUCCAUGUAACCGAUGGUCCCCCGAGUGUGAGCGUCCUCUUCUUGCCCCGACCCAACGCUUCAACACUGUAUGUCAUGUGUAAUGCCGAGAUUACCUUUAUUGUAAUAAAACAUGUAAAGUUAAAUUUUGCUUGGAAUACAAGUGAGCUUCAUGCCAGGGAUCAGGGCGGGGUGUGGAGAACACUGUCUUCAUAUCACAACUCAAAGAAUGACAAGAGGCAGCUUUUUGACUGAAUGCUAAGUGAAGAAACCUCGAAGGACUAACUUAUUUCUCUCUCUCUCUCUCUCUCUCUCUCUCUCUCUCUCUCUCUCUCUCUCUCUCUCUCUCUCUCUCUCUCUCUCUCUCUCUCUCUCUCUCUCUCUCUCUCUCUCUCUCUCUCUCUCUCUCUCUCUCUCUCUCUCUCUCUCUCUCUCUCUCUCUCUCUCUCUCUCUCUCUCUCUCUCUCUCUCUCUCUCUCUCUCUCUCUCUCUUUCAACACACCUCAGUUUUCCUUAGUGGUGGUGAAGAAGAAAUGGGGAGCUGAGGAAUGAGCAGUGUUGACAAGCCUCAAAACCUUUAUGGUGCUGAGCUGAGCAAUAAGCAGUGGAGUGCAGUAUUAGGAAUGGGAUCAGGCUUACUGUGUAUUGUGGUAUCUUGCACUUGGAGAGGGUGUACAUUUUCCUUUAGCACCAACAGUCGGUUGGUGCUGCAUGUUUUCUUUAGUGUUGAUAAUCAAUGGAAAAACAAUAUUAACAGCAGGUGGUGUGAUGGAGUAACCAGAUUUUCUUUAGCAAUAACAGUCGGUGUAGAAAUAAAAUCAGCAGCAGUAGGUGUGAUGGAAUUUGCUGCAGAUUUUCUUAAGUGUUUAUCAGUGGAGAAGCAAAAUGAACAAGCAUGCCAGCACCACACUAUACUUGCCUGAGUCCUUGCAUUUCCCACCUCCUGAGAGAGUAUUGCUGUCACCAGACCACACGUAAACCUUCAUUUCUGUGUGGAAAGAUGUGUAAGAGUUUGUGGUUUGUGGUAUUUCAUACUUUGGGGCUUAUUUUGGUUGAAGUAUUACACCUGAUUCUAGUAAUUGUUGAGUUACUUACCACUAGGCUUUGGAAAUGUCAAUGUGUGCGUGUGCAUGAUUGUCACGAGGCACAGCAGUGGACGCUACACUUCACUGCACCAAGUAAACUUGUCCUGUGCCUUUCCUUUGAUUCCUAAUGAAGAAAACGGCAUAUGAGAAAACAUGCUUUCAUCUUUGUAGCAUAUUCGAGAUUCUAACUUUUUAAAAAUGCAUGAAUGAGAUGAAUGAGCUGAUUAAAAUUUUAUAAAGUGACAUUAGUGAGCUUGAUGUGUACUUGCCUGUGUAAGCCAGCAGAGUGGAGUGAGAGGAGCUGCACCAUUGCCCAGGCAGGUGACCCUGAACCUCAAGGUGUGCAUGUGUUGCUGUCUCGUGUUUUGCUUAGUAACCAAACUUUGAGGAAGUGAUGCACGAAUACAAUUAACCAAAACUGGAAGGAUGAGUCUGUUCAAACUUUGGUUAGCUUUUUAUUAGUUUGCUGUAAAUGUGGAAGUGUGUUGAUCCUCAAGUGGUUCUUGCCCUUGCCAGAUUUAAAAAUUCCAUUGGGACACUAGGAAGAUUCAGUGCUUUAAUUUACUUCAUGGGAGUAAUCAUGUUUUGAAGUUUGUUGACUGUCAAUGGAAAUGCCAUUUGAUCAUUCUUUUUCAUUGUGUAAUAACUGCAAAUAUAGACUAUUUUCAAAAGUUGAUUUCAUGAGAAAUGAAGAGGAAAUUUUUUUUUUCUGUGAUUAUAUAUAUGUAUGACAAGAUGAGAUCACAUCCUAACUUGAUUCUCCAGUGGACAUUAUUCUAAUUUCUUUAUUCACAAAAAGAGAAGGCUGUAACUUAGAGUAUUUUCUUUGUAUAAUUGGAGUUACUAUGAUAGUGUGUUAUGUGACCUGAGAGAUAAAACUUUGCACAAUUUGUUUAAGUUGAUAUAUCAAAAUAUUUUUCUAUGUCACAAAGACAUACCUGUUUCCUGGUAGUAACCAAUUACCACACUGGUGCAGUUUGAAAGAACCUUAAACAUUUCAAAACCUUUUCUAGUCAUGGUUACAAAAGGGCACAUGUUCAUUUGUUAGAUUAUCAUAUCGUUCUUAUACCAGUCAGGAAAAAUUGCAUCAAAUUCAUCAGUGACAGUUUGGAAAUAAAACUUGUGUAGUUCUGGAAAGCAGAUUAUGAGAAUAUGAUUUUUAUUUAUUAAUUUUAGCAGCAGUUUGUACAUUUACUAUGUAAUAUAUGUCAAAAUAUA